AUGACGAACUUUACCAUCAAAAUCAUCUCCGACAAUGUCUGUCCAUUUUGCUUUUUGGGCAAGGCACGCCUAGAUCGAGCCAUCUCUGCGUUUCGCAAUGCCAUUCCAAAAGGCGAAACCGACAACUUUACCAUCUCCUGGCAUGCAUUCUACCUCGAUCCUCAUGCAUCCUUCAAGUCGGAACCGGUGCGAGAACACGUGGCAAAGAAGUUCGGAAGCUUCAGUCGAGUCGACGCAAUCCACGAACGGCUGGCGCAGACAGGCGCCGAAGAAGGUCUUAACUUCACAUUCAAAUCUCUAAUCGGCAAUACCAGAGAUUCUCAUCGGCUUGUUCAGCUAGGCAAAUCAAAGGGCAAUGCAAUGGAGAACAAGGUCGUGAACCAAAUCAUGAAGAUGUUCUUUGAGGAAGGCGGCGACAUCACUAGCAUUGACGAUCUCGUCAAGGCUGCCGAGCGAGGAGGGCUGGAUCCAAAGGAGGCAAGGGAAUGGCUCCUUAGCGACAACGGGAAAAGAGAAGUGGAGGAAGAGGUGAAUGAAGCAACGAGAAUGGGUGUCACAGCUGUACCGACAUUCAUCAUCAAUGAUAAAUACCGGGUACAGGGAGCACAAAGCGUGGACGAAUUCGUCAAGCAAUUUGCUCGCGCCAAAGCUGCAGAAGGCGAAGCAGAAUCGACUUACAGAGGGAAAGAGGACAAUACAUGUAUGUGA